AUGUUGAGUCUAAUCGGGGGUUUAUUGAAGGGCAGAUCUCGACAGCCUCGAGAGGAGGCAGAGGAUGCCAAGUCAGGAGAUCCCUUCGCAGACAUCAAAGGAGAGAGCAGCAGAGAAAUUCUUCAAGAAUCAACAGCAAUGUUAUUAGAGGAAGAAUUAGUGUUUGUUGGUUGUAAACCCGAGGAAGAAGGGGCAUUAAUAGAGGUAUUAGAUCUAUUAGCAGGAAACCCUAGCAGCAGCAGCAGCAGCAGCAGCAGCAGCAGCAGCAGGGGUGCAGCAGCAACAGGUAAACAGGGAGAAAUUAUUAUUGAUCUUUUACGUAUUCGUAACUUUAGACAACAUCAAAAUGAUAUGGCACAAUUCUCUAUUGAUAUUGAAGGAGGUGUUAUUGAAUUAGGGUUAGUGUUUAAUUCAUCAAAAGAAGCAUCUUUAUUCUCCCGCUGCUGCCUCUCCCGUGUCUGUGCAUCUUUUGCUGCUCGUAUGUCUAUUUGCUGCCAGCUGCUGCACUAUGAUCGUCUUGCUGCUGAAUGGAUAGAAGCAGCAGCAGCAGCAACAGCAGAAAUAAGAGAAAGAGGGGAUUGUGAUGAUGCAUACGUCCUUGUAUACAGCAGCAGCAGCAACAGCAACAGCAGCAGCAGCAGCAGCAGAGGGAGUGGCAAGGGUGAUGCAGAUGCUGCAGAUAACAGCAGCGGCAGCAGCAGCACAUCUGCAGCAGCAGCAGCAGAUGAUGAUGAUGAUACACCAUUAGGUUCAUCUUCAUCAGCAGCAGCUGCUGCUGCUACCCAAACAACAGCAGCAGCAGCAUCAACAGCAGCAGCAGCAGCAGCAGCAAGUAUCCCUCUAUGCUAUAUACGUGUAUCUCAUGAUGAAUUCGUAUUUGCUGCUCCGCAGCAGCAAGAGCUGCAGUGGUGGGGUGUAUCCCCAGAUGGGGAGAGGCGUCUAUAUAAGAUAUCUUUUGCUUCUCCUGCUGCUGUUGCUGCUGCUGCUGCUGCUGCUGGUAUUACUCUUCCUCCUUCUGCUGCUGAUACUGCUGCUGAUACUAGUAGUAGUACUGCAGCAGCAGCAGGUGCUGCUGAUGAUGAUAAGAAUUCUGAUGAUGAGUCUGCAGCAGCAGCAGCAACAGCAGCAGCAGAUCCACAACAGCAACAACUGCAACAACUGCAGCAGCAGCAGCAGCAAGAAGGAAGCAAAUUCUUACAAUUAUAUGCACUUACUCUUGCAGAGGUCAGCAGCAAAUGUAGAUUUACUCUCGAUAUUGAAAUUGAAAAACAAAUCGGAUAUUUAGGAGAAUUCGAUACAAAACCUGCAGAGGAUGAAGUAGAGGGUAUGCAUAUAGAAGAAGCAGACAGCGAUCCAUCAGAUGAUGAAGAACAAUUCCCUAUUGUAGCAAGAGAUCCAACAAGGCAUUUAUUAAAGAGUUCUCCUGAUUGUAUGGUUAAUGAGAUGCUAGAGGCAGGAAAAGAAAGGGUUUUAGUGUUUAGGGUUGGUGGAGGUGACGAUACACUCCAAUGCAAGAGAGAUAUGCGUGAGGAGCGUGUAGUAUUAUUACCUGAAGGAGAAGGAGAUGGUUCUUCUUCUGCUCUUCUUUUUAAUUUAGAGACUGAACAAAUUAUACAAACCAUCAAUUCAGAUCUUAAAAUUGUUUUCUAUGUAUUGUUGCUGCUAGUGGUGUAG